UGUUGAGGAAGUGGAUGUGUAACAUCCGGGUGGCACGCAGUCGCCGGCAAGGUGGUCUGUCACGUUGAAAUUCCUUCGGCUUUUUUUUUUUGCUUAAAACAACAACAUAUUUUUGUAAGAAGUCAUGGAGGAAGAGAAAGUGGACGAGCAGAUGAAGGAAUUACACGUUAAAGAGGCGAGAAAGGGUGGAGCUGAUGGGGACAAAAGCAAUAAGGAGGGUGGAAAGAAGAAGAUCAAGGGAGGAGAUGCAGCAGGACGGUCUGAGCUGAAUCCUCUGCCCCAGUACAUCGAGGAGCGAUUGUCUCUUUACGCCAAGCUGAAGGAGGAGAACGAUGCCUUGGCGGCAGAGAGAGCGGCGAAGGAGAACAAGCCUAUCAAAGUCACACUGCCUGAUGGGAAGGUGGUGGAUGCAGAGUCAUGGAGAACCACCCCGUACCAGAUUGCAUGUGGGAUAAGUCAAGGCCUAGCAGACAACACUGUGGUGGCCAAAGUCAACCAUGACGUGUGGGACCUGGACCGCCCGCUGGAGGAAGACUGCCGUCUACAGCUGCUCAAAUUUGAUGACGAAGAGGCGCAAGCGGUAUACUGGCACUCCAGCGCCCACAUUUUGGGCGAAGCCAUGGAGCGUGUGUAUGGCGGCUGUCUGUGUUACGGGCCCCCCAUCGAGAAUGGCUUUUAUUACGACAUGUUCCUUGACGAUGAGGGAGUGUCAAGUAAUGAUUUCCCUUGUUUGGAAAACUUGUGCAAGAAGAUCGUGAAGGAGAAGCAGCCCUUUGAGAGGCUUGAAGUCAAGAAGGAAACUCUUCUGGAAAUGUUUAAAUACAACAAGUUCAAGUGCCGCAUUUUGAAUGAGAAAGUUACUACACCAACAACCACAGUUUACAGGUGUGGUCCUUUGAUUGACCUGUGUAGAGGACCUCAUGUGAGGCACACUGGCAAGAUCAAGUCCUUGAAGAUCCACAAGAACUCCUCCACAUACUGGGAAGGGAAGGCUGACAUGGAGACGCUGCAGAGGAUCUAUGGGAUUUCUUUUCCUGAUCCCAAGAUGCUGAAAGAGUGGGAGAAACUCCAGGAAGAAGCCAAGAACCGUGAUCAUCGCAAACUGGGACGGGAGCAGGAGCUGUUCUUCUUCCACGAGCUCAGCCCUGGGAGCUGUUUCUUCCUGCCCAAGGGAGCGUACAUCUACAGCACCCUCAUUGGGUUUAUCAAGAGUGAAUACAAGAAGAGAGGCUUCCAGGAAGUGGUGACCCCCAACAUCUACAACAGCAAACUAUGGCAGACUUCCGGCCACUGGCAGCAUUAUAGCGAGAACAUGUUUUCAUUCGAGGUGGAGAAGGAGAUCUUUGCCCUCAAGCCCAUGAACUGCCCAGGACACUGCCUGAUGUUCGACCACAGGCCACGCUCCUGGCGGGAGCUACCCCUACGGCUCGCCGACUUCGGCGUCCUGCACCGCAACGAGCUGUCGGGUGCGCUGACUGGCCUGACCCGCGUGCGUCGUUUCCAGCAGGACGACGCACAUAUCUUCUGCUCCAUGGACCAGAUUGAAGAGGAGAUUAAGGGCUGCCUGGACUUCUUGCGGACAGUCUACAAUGUGUUUGGAUUCACCUUCAAGCUCAACCUCUCCACUAGGCCUGAGAAGUUCCUGGGGGAGCCAGAGGUGUGGGACCAGGCAGAGAAGCAACUGGAGAGGAGUCUAAGUGAAUUUGGGGAGAAGUGGGUGCUGAAUCCAGGGGAUGGAGCUUUUUAUGGGCCAAAGAUUGACAUUCAGAUCAAGGACGCUAUCGGAAGGUACCACCAGUGUGCUACGAUACAGCUGGACUUCCAACUUCCGAUACGAUUCAAUCUCACCUUUGUUAGCCAUGACGGGGACGACAAAAAGAGACCUGUGAUCAUCCACAGGGCCAUUCUUGGUUCUGUAGAAAGAAUGAUUGCCAUCCUCACUGAAAACUAUGGGGGAAAAUGGCCUCUGUGGCUGUCACCACGCCAAGUGAUGGUGGUCCCCGUGGGCCCCACCUGUGAGGAAUAUGCUCAGAGGGUCCAGCAGGAGUUCCACAGGGGUGGGCUGAUGGCUGAUGUUGACUUGGACCCAGGCUGUACCCUUAACAAGAAGAUCAGGAAUGCCCAGCUGGCCCAGUACAACUUCAUUCUUGUGGUGGGGGAGAAGGAGAAGAACAGCGACACGGUGAACGUGCGCACGCGGGACAACAAGGUGCAUGGUGAGCGAGGCCUCAGCGAUUGUCUGCAGCGGCUGCGGCACUUGAAGGCCACGCGCAGCCACCACGCGGAGGAGGAAUUCUGAGUCCUGAGGAGCCUCCAAGCCCAGCAGGGCAGCGUCACCCAGGGAUAAAAGCGCUUCCACCCAGGAGGACUUGAGUGUACAAGAGCCACUUAUUCUUGGUCUUACUCACAGUCAUUUUGUUCACCAUUUUUCUCGUCUGGGGGACGUAAAAUAUGAAGUGUAACUGUGCUGUAAUUACGUCUAUAUUGAAGCUCUUGAACUUAUCAUCCCGUCCAGGUUGUAGCCUUUUUCAUGCCCUGUGACUCUGUGAUAGGCUCCAGACCAGCGCAGCCCUGUACUGGAAAAGCAGUUAAUGAUGGUUGUCUUUUUUUGUGAUCUAAUUGAUUUGUUCAUUUCUGAUGUCCAACACUGUUACUUUAAGUAAUUUUUUUUUCCUUAAGCAACAAUGACAAUUUUUUAAAUUCUCUCCAUCUUAAACAUGUUUUCCAAAAGAUUUUGGUGGUUAAAAGGGUCUGUUUUCAUUACCUAAAGAUGUACAAGAGUAAUAACGAA